AUGACCGAAAUCAGCAGACGCAUCGGCAAGAACACACCUCUCUCUGCACUGUCCGCCUUUAGCUUCAUCCCCGAGAGACGAGACCCCAAUGAGAUCACUUACUUCGGUAAUCAGAAGAAAGAAGUGUCGGUGCUGAUUUAUGAUCACGUUUUUAAAGUGCAACAAGGAUAUAAUAAUAAGAUUCAUCGCGAUGACCGAGAAUACAGCCACAGCCAAGGUCUUAAUGUGAAUGCAGAGGAGAAAGCUCGAACAGUUCCAGUCUUAUCAUCAUCACUCUAUGGUAAACAUCCCCAACUCGAGCAAACCAGUCGUACUUUUGUCAGAGUUGCUCGAGUGCAAACAGAAUUUUACAGAAGAAAUGGCAUUGCGAACAAUCUGGAAGAGAAUCAGGAAUAAAAAGAAACACGGGAGUAACA